UGGUACUGAUGGGCAAUUGAACGAAGUGAAUAAGUAAAGUAACCUUUACCUUCACAUUUUCGUUUUUUCGGGGCUGGUGAAGUUUAAUUUUCCUGCUCCAGAAUGUCGGCCGAAGCAUCCUUUCCUCCGAUGCGGGAGUACAAACCUCCAGUCAGCGUUUCACCAUUGAUCAAAUUCAGCCGAUGGAGCGCCCUGAUUUUGGGAGUGGUCUACGGUGCUACUCGACACAGCUACCUUCAAAGGAAAGAAGACAACAUGCGAGAAACUGUGGAAAGGGAAAGAGCCCUCAGGAAGGCAUUGCGCGAAGAGGAGAAGAAACUUAAACUAAAGAACGAAUUGGCCGAUCUUGCUAAGCAAGUUGGUAUGGAGAAAAUAUAAACAUUCUUCCCUCCUUCUUGGGCGUUUUAAGUUGUAAGUUUAGUGAUUUUUAUUUUUAAGUAAUCUUCUAAUGAAUCCUUUAAUUUUGAGUUCAUUUGCACUCCUACCUGUUAAACCAUUUCUCUGUAAAAUAUCCUUUUGUUAUUAAAAAUAAUAAAACAGUAACUAAAAUAGA